AGUCAGUUAGACCACCUUGCUGCUGCAGCCUGCCAACACAGAUCAGAGACACCGGUGGUGUGGAUUAUGACUAUAAGUAGCCAGACUUAACACAGUGCAACACAACUACUUCACCUGCUUUUUUGUUUGUUUUUUUACAUCCGUUUAAAGCUGUACGUUUGUUUUUAUUUUUGUAAGUAGAGCUGUAGAUAACGUUAUAGCUAGAAGACGUAUCGCUGAAGAUGUCAGUGGUGGGAUUUGACUUGGGCUUUCAAAGCUGCUAUGUAGCUGUAGCCCGAGCCGGAGGGAUCGAGACUGUCGCUAACGAGUACAGCGACAGAUGCACACCGUCAUUCGUAUCAUUUGGACCACGAAAUCGAUCUAUAGGAGCAGCUGCAAAGAGCCAGGUGGUGACCAACUGUCAGAACACGGUGCAGGGCUUCAAGCGAUUCCAUGGCAGGGCAUUUUCAGACCCCUAUGUCCAGUCAGCCAAGUCUAACUUGGUUUACGACCUGGCACAGAUGCCCUCUGGAUCCAUCGGUAUUAAAGUGAUGUACAUGGAGGAGGAGAGAGUGUUCAGCAUCGAGCAGGUCACUGGCAUGCUGCUGACCAAACUAAAGGAGACUGCUGAAAGUGCACUGAAAAAACCAGUUGUGGACUGUGUCAUCUCGGUCCCGAGCUAUUUCACUGACGCAGAUAGAAGGUCUGUCAUGGAUGCAGCUCAGAUCGCAGGCCUCAACUGUCUACGACUAAUGAAUGAGACCACUGCAGUGACUCUGGCAUAUGGCAUCUACAAACAGGACCUGCCAGCUCCAGAAGAGAAGGCCAGGAUAGUGGUGUUUGUGGAUGUGGGCCACUCUGGUUACCAGGUGUCAGUUUGUGCUUUCAACAAGGGAAAGCUCAAGAUCCUGGCCACAGCGUUUGAUUCAGAGCUUGGUGGGAAGGGCUUUGACGACAUCCUGGUCAACCACUUCUGUGAGGAGUUUGGAAAAAAGUACAAGCUGGACGUCAAGUCCAAGCCCCGGGCGCUGGUCCGACUGUACCAAGAGUGUGAGAAGCUCAAGAAGCUGAUGAGUGCCAACUCUUCAGACCUGCCUCUCAACAUUGAGUGCUUCAUGAAUGACAUUGAUGUUUCCGGUAAACUUAACAGAGGUCAAUUUGAGGAGAUGUGUGCGGGGCUGCUGGCCAAAGUAGAGGGUCCCCUGCGCAACGUCAUGGAACAAGCCAAGCUAAAAAAAGAAGAUAUCUAUGCAGUGGAGAUUGUGGGAGGUGCCUCCAGAAUCCCCGCAAUUAAAGAGCGAAUCAGCAAAUUCUUCGGCAAAGAGCUGAGCACCACCCUGAACGCAGACGAGGCCGUGGCUAGAGGCUGUGCUCUGCAGUGUGCUAUCUUGUCGCCAGCAUUCAAAGUCAGAGAGUUCUCCAUUACAGAUGUUGUCCCCUACUCCAUCUCUCUAAAAUGGAAUUCGGCCGCAGAGGAGGGACUGAGUGAUUGUGAGGUUUUCCCAAAGAACCAUGCAGCUCCCUUCUCCAAAGUUUUGACCUUCUUCCGGAAAGAGCCCUUCACCCUUGAAGGUUACUACAACAACCCCAAGGAGCUGCCCUAUCCCAACGGCACUAUAGGCCAGUUCGUGAUCCAGAAUGUGGUUCCUCAGGCAUCUGGGGAGAGUGCAAAGAUCAAGGUGAAAGUUCGGGUCAACGUUCACGGCAUGUUCAGUGUAUCGAGUGCCUCGCUCGUAGAGGUCAUAAAAACUGCUGAGGGGGAAGAGCCAAUGGAGACAGACCAGACAGGGAAGGAGGAGGAGAACAAAAUGCAGGUUGACCAGGAGGAUCAGAAACUUCGGACUGGAGACAACGAAGAAAAGAAAUCAGAGGCUGAAGAGAUGGAGACAGCAGAGGACGCCAAGCAGGUGAAGAAGAACGAUCUGCCCCCUGAGGCGAAGAAGCCCAAAGUCAAAACGAAGACCGUGGAGCUGCCUAUAGAGAACAAUUUGCACUGGCAACUGUCCAAUGACACUCUAAAUAUGUUUGUGGAGAAUGAGGGUAAGAUGAUCAUGCAGGAUAAGCUAGAGAAGGAGAGGAAUGACGCAAAGAACAACGUAGAAGAGUAUGUGUACGAAAUGAGGGAUAAACUGCACGGCAUCCUGGAGAAGUUUGUAAAUGAAGCUGAUCGUGACACAUUCUCGUUAAAACUGGAGGACACAGAGAACUGGCUGUAUGAAGACGGAGAGGACCAACAGAAACAAGUUUACAUUGACAAAUUGGCUGAACUGAAGAGCAUGGGCCAGCCAAUAUGUGAGAGAUACAUGGAAGCUGAGGAGAGACCAAAAGCUUUUGAGGAGCUCGGCAGGCAGAUCCAGAUGUACAUGAAGAUCAUUGAAGCUUACAAGGCAAAGGAUGAGCUGUACGAUCACCUUGAUGAGCUAGAGGUGACUCGGGUGGACAAGCAGGUGAAGGAUGCCAUGGUCUGGAUGAACAGCAAGAUGAACCAGCAGAAUAAUCAGGACCUCACUCUGGAACCAGUGGUCAAAGUCAUAGAGAUCCAGGCCAAGAUCAAGGAGCUUUAUUCAGCCUGCAACCCCGUGGUGUCCAAACCCAAGCCCAAGGUGGAGCCUCCUAAGGAGGAGAAAACAGAGAAUGGGCCAGUUAAUGGACAGGAGGGAACAGAGAGCCAGCCAUGCAACUCCGAUAAAGCCACAUCUGCAGGCCCGGAACAGGGAACGGCAAAGAACAAGCUCCCUGAAAUGGACAUUGACUAACUGUUGUGGCUGCCACCUGAGCUACUGUCUGUCCUGCUACUCGCCCCCGAUUCUGUCAUUCUUCUGAGAUUGUUAUUGAUGGCACAGAAGACACAGAUAGCAGCAUCCCUAAUCAAUACUAUUUGUCAGUCAGCCACCUCAGCAUGUCAUUUCCUAUUUUCUUUGAUGAAUACAAAAAUAUUGCAUAAUAAUAAUAUUGAAUGGAUUACUUUAUGACAUAAAAGUUGUGGGGUAGAAACUUUUUUUUCUGUGUUGCUUUGAUGGCCAUUAUGUCAAAGAUUGUUUUGUUCAGCAUCUCCUGAGCACAUUUAAGCUAAGAAUGUCAGAUUUGAAUUGUAAACAAAGUGGCUGUGCAGAAGAAAACUAUUAAUAAACACAUGAUUCAUGAAAAUGUAAAAAUUGCAGUAUGUCUAAAUAUGAAAUAGGUACAGUGGCACAUGACAAAUAGUGCAUUCUUUUCACUAGAAAUAAUUGGAAUGCUGGAUUAUGAUGUAUUCAGUGUAAAAGGAAGGAAGGAGUUUUUGUUGAGUUUACUUGUACUGUAUAUUGAAACUAGAUACUACAAGUUACUGUCAUGCAGUAGUUCAUUGUUUGGCUUUUCUCAUUCAAAAGCAAUGAUCUGUUGGUUGUUCUCUGGUAGCCUUGUACUGUUUUUUUCUACUUCACAGCGUGAAUGGUGGUCCAACAAAUUACCUUCUGGGUGCUGCUGUUGUUGCCACAUCACCAAAUAAAGCAAAAAUAAAUAUUGACAAAAAAAAG